UUCGUGUGCCACGUACAAAGGUAAACAAGGCUGACAUGCAUUGAACGUCAAGUUGGGAAAACAAAAGAUUUCUGUUUUCUCCCGAACAUACGAUCCACAGUUUAAUUAUUAAAGUAAUUUGGAAAAGAAGGCCCAAACCACAACCACCAUGGAAACUCCAGAGGUUCAUAUCGAUGUGAGUGGAAACAUGGAAACGCCACCGGACACCAAAUCCGGUUUCAACCUAUCCUCGUUUACCAACUUUUCCACCCGCAUCCCGAGCUUGUGGGAGCUGUUGCGCCUAAGCCGGCAGAACAUUCGCCCGUGGUCAGAGUUUCUACAAACGUCCAACUUCAAAACGGUGGCAAAUGUGUCCCGCCUCACGAACCGCAUCAUUCGCAAUCUGGCCUACUUUCAAAGCAACUAUCUGUUUGUGUUUCUGGGUCUGAUUGUCUAUUGUUUGUUGACCUCACCGCUCAUACUGAUAGUGCUGGGAGCCGUGUUUUAUGCUUGCUACAAAAUCAAACAGAUCAGCACGCCGGUGGCAUUCUUCAGCAAGCAGUUGAACACGAACCAGCAAUGCGUUGCGGUCGGUGUCGCCUCCGUGCCGGUGCUGUAUCUGGCCGGGGCCGGUGCCGUCAUGUUCUGGGUGCUGGGUGCCUCAUUCUUUGUGAUAUCACUCCACGCGGUCUUCUACAAUAUCGAUGCAAUCGUGACGGAGGACACGGAAACGUUCCUCUCCGAAACGGUGUGAAGGGGAUGGCAGUGACGAAAUCAGCUGUGGGAUGAUCCUGCGCCCUGCGCAAGCUUCGUUGCAAAGUUUAUUGCGACAAUUUGAUUUGAAAAAUCAAUUCUCCUUCCUUAGCUGUGCGUAUGGUAGAAAAGAAAUGCUGUCAGAGAACUAAGAUAGAUUGUUUUAAAAAUUUAUUCCCGCAUACCCUUUUUUGUAUUGCACCUUUAUAUGCAAUAUUUUGAUAAAUUCGAACCUGCACCAAUGAACGCUGUGGAAAAUUUAAGCAACGAAAUUGUGAAUCAAAUUGAAGGAAAUGCACUUUACGUAUUUAUUUGUUCUCGCAAUUCCUACUAAUCGUGCACCAAGCGCAAAUAUGUAUUUAUAAUUUCUCAAAAACUCCAGCAAUACCGUGGUAAAGAUAAAUAUCAACGUUUAUUUCAAAACA